AUGUAAACCUUGGUUCUGACCUGACUUCCUUCAACAUCUGUUUACACGGAUCCUCCGGUAUUACGUACAAAUUCUUGAAAUACAAUCGAUUUCCUUGUCUGUUUUCUUUGAGUUUCCCUCUAAAUCUCGAAAUAUCAUUGUUUCUGGGCUAAUUUUGGGGAACGAAAUUCAACUCGCUGGGUCAACUCAUUGUACAAUCACCGACCAUCGAAAAAAUCGGCAAAUUAUCUAUUUUUGCCACCUGGGCCUUUGUUAAUUCCCUCUAAACCUUCAAUUGCUUCGUAUUCUUUGAAUUCCUGAUGUCGGAGAGUCCAAGAGAGGCGGUACUGAGUCAAAUAAGUUACUCGGUCAAGGCCAUUUCCGGAUUGCCCGAGUGCAGAACGAUUGCAAAGAAGAUGUAUUGUAAUCUGGUGAGGAGGGUGAAGCUUUUAAGCCCUCUGUUUGAGGAAUUGAGGGAGGGUGGAGAAGAAGAGCUUGGUAGCGACGUCGUUAAGGGGCUUGACUCGCUGAGAAUCGCCCUUGACUCAGCUCUUGAGAUGUUGAAAUCGGUCCAUGAAGGCAGUAAGAUUUUUCAGGCAUUGCAAAUGGACAAAAUAGCACGCAAAUUUGAUCUUGUUACUGAAGAGAUAGAAGCAGCAUUGAGUCAGAUUCCCUAUGAUAAACUUGAUAUACCGGAGGAAGUUCGAGAACAGAUUGAACUUGUGCAUGCACAAUUCAAAAGAGCCGUAGGUAAAAUGGAGUCUCUUGAUUUGCAAAUGGCAAUAGAUUUAGCUUCAGCACAAAUGGAAGAUGACCCCAACCCAAUAAUUUUUAAAAGGCUUUCUGAGAAACUGCAUAUCAGGACUAUAAAUGAUCUGAAGAAAGAGUCACUCGCCAUCCACAACAUGGUUAUCUCAUGCAUUGGAUUUCCAGCUGGUGUACCAGAGGAGUACAUUGAGACGAUGUCGUUUCUCCUUGAAAAGUUAAAGGACUUUGUGAUGGAGGAAAAUCCCGUCCCUGACUCCCUUGAAGCUGACAAGAGUUCAAUUAAGCACAGAUCUCCAGUCAUCCCAGAUGAUUUCCGCUGUCCAAUAUCUCUUGAGUUGAUGAAAGAUCCUGUAAUUGUGUCUACUGGACAGACAUACGAGCGGUCCUGCAUUCAGAAAUGGUUGGAUGCAGGUCACAAGACUUGCCCUAAGACUCAGCAGACGUUAUUGCACACAGCCUUAACACCAAAUUAUGUUUUGAAGAGUCUUAUCGCUUUGUGGUGUGAGAGCAAUGGUGUUGAGCUGCCUAAAAAACAAGGGAACUGUCGCAAUAAAAGAACGGGAAUUGGUGGUUCAGACUGUGAUCGAGCUGCUAUUGAUGCCUUGUUGCAGAAACUUGCAAAUGGUACUAUUGAACAGCAAAGAGCUGCUGCGGGUGAGAUUCGUUUGCUAGCAAAAAGAAACGCAGAUAACAGAGUAUGUAUCGCUGAAGCAGGAGCUAUUCCACUGCUUGUCGAACUAUUAUCCUCUUCCGAUCAGAGGACUCAAGAGCAUGCCGUUACAGCACUUCUUAACCUCUCUAUAAAUGAAGCGAACAAGGGAACUAUUGUAAAUGCUGGCGCAAUACCUGAUAUAGUGGAUGUGCUAAAAAAUGGCAGCAUUGAAGCUAGAGAAAAUGCAGCAGCAACCCUUUUUAGCUUGUCGGUUCUAGACGAGAACAAGGUGGCGAUAGGAGCAGCUGGAGCCAUCCCACCUCUUAUUGAUUUGCUCUGCCAGGGGACUCCGAGAGGAAAGAAAGAUGCGGCCACUGCUAUAUUUAACCUUCUAAUCUAUCAAGGAAACAAGGUGAGGGCCGUAAGGGCAAGGAUUGUACCACCACUCAUGAGUUUGCUCAAGGAUCCCGGAGGGGGAAUGGUGGAUGAAGCUCUGGCAAUAUUGGCUAUUCUUGCUAGCCAUCAAGAAGGGAAAGUAGCAAUUGGGCAAGCUGAGCCAAUCACUACCUUGAUCGAGGUAAUUAAGACUGGUUCACCACGCAACCGAGAAAAUGCAGCAGCAAUAUUAUGGUCCUUGUGCACGGGUGAUUCUCAGUACUUGAAAGUUGCCAGUGAGCUUGGAGCAGAAGAGGCAUUGAAGGAAUUGUCGGAGAAUGGGACCGACAGGGCCAAAAGAAAAGCCAGAAAUGUUUUGGAGCUUCUCCAGCGAGCUGAAGACGUUAUUGAGUGACAUUUUAUUCGAACCCUACGAGGAGAUUAUUGGUUGCCAUCAAGUUGAUUUCGUAUGUGGAACAAUAUGCAGAUUUUUGUAUCUACCGACAGAAUUCAUCCAUGUAGUGGAUAGGUAUUCGUGUAAAAAGCUACAUAUACGUGUUUUCUUGUAAUUUUGGUAGGUUUAAAGGGAAAAAUGCGAAGUACUUUUUUCGCGUUUUUUUUCUUUAACUUGAAAGUGUAAUUUAGCGGUUGAUUGUUGAGCUAUUAAUAUAUGAAACGACAUUGCUCGAUGUUUUUUCUUCUGUA